ACAAAGGAAACACUGUUGAAGUAGUAAAGUGUGGUUAUUUUUCUGUCAUCCGUUCUCUCCAAUAUUUGUUUUGCUCUAAUGACGACUUGACUAAACGGCUAAAUGCCGAUCGUAUAGCUAGCUAACUCAGUAGCUAACAUCAGGCAAUCCUUGGGUAUUUAGUUUGUAUUCAGCUGUGGCUGAGAUUAAAGACAAAAACAGAUAAAUAUCAAAUUGAUUUUUGUGAUGCAAAUGUAGUUCUUUCCUGCCCAGUGUUGACAAGUUGCCGUAAAUUAAAGAAUACUGCCGAACGCUGUUCUGUGCUUAUGACAGAUACUGGGUAACAAAUAAUGUAUCUAGUUUUGAUACCAGGGCUGCAGAUGGACUUCCUGCAGAGGCCAUGAUUAAAUGCUCAUCUGUUGACUAGCAGCAUCGGCAAUGUCUGUCAACGCCCUCCUGCGAUGCACCAUCAGGCUACACAGGAAACAUGUGGCUACAUAUUUAGUUCAUCAGAGAACUUUGUCAGGGGCAGAGGCUGUCAAUGCACUCAGACCAUUUUAUCUUGCAGUCCACCCAGACUUCUUCGGUCAAUACCCCAGAGAACGGGAUGUGAAUGAGAAUUCAUUAAAAAGGCUAAAUGGCUAUCUGGAAAACUUGCAAAAGCCUGGAUCACAUUCAGUUCAGCCAAUGAAGCUCACCUUUUAUGUAAGGGACACAAAGGAUAGCAGUGAUGAGCAGCCAGAUCCCCUCACCUCAGGAUUCCGCUCAGUGAGUUUCACCCUGCACACAAAUGACGUCUUGAGCACAGUGAUGAACGUCUUGACGUCCUGCAGUCUACCUGUGGACCACAUGAAGGCACUGAAAGCAAGUACAGAGAUAUCAAAAAGCCCACCUGAGGCACAGUUGCCUUUCUACAGGAAAAUCAAAUGGGAUAAAAGUUACUACACCUUCACUGGCUUCAGAGACCAUGAACAGGAGCUGCAGCAGGCUAGGAGAGUGGAGCCUACACUCAGCUUGUGGCUGAGAAACAACGAGCCUGAGGCCACAAAGAAACACAAUGCUAGUCUUCCUCGGAGAGAAGAGCUGAAGAGACUAAAAAAGGAACUGUGUUACAAAUUUAAUUUAGCUGAUAUCAGGUGGCAACGCAACUGGGGAGUGGCCCAUAGGUGUUGUCAGCUUCAGAGUCUGGUCCGACUAUCUCAGCAGAAUCCUGAGGCCCUGAUCCACCUGCAAGGACAUACCAUUGUGUUCGCUGACCAGUCAGGGAUGAAUGCCUCUGGACAUGUUAUGCUGGGAACCAUGGAUGUUCAUCAUCAGUGGACCAAACUAUUAGAGCAGCUGCCCAGCUACCGUAGCCUGCAUCACCAGACAGACUGGCUGAAGGAAAGGAUCAGUCUCCUCCUGGGUGGGACUCAAGUGGUCCACAUGGAAAGGCUGGGGCCAGUCCAGCCUAUCACCGAGCACUACAGCACUCUCCGAACCUUCCAUCAGAGCCUGAUGUCCCAACGCCUUCACCUACACCCCAGGAGCCUGCAGGACCUCACUAUGUUGUUGGAGAAUGACCGCUCCAAACCCAGUCUUCAUGAGAUGGGGCACUUCAUUAUUCCCACAAACUGUGACCCUCCCAAGCUGCAGGCCUUCCUCCAGAACUAUGCCCCUGAGGCCAGACAGCGCAUCCAACGCAAAAAACAGCUGCAAGCAGAGGAGGAGGCUGUGGUGAAGCUGUGUCUCCAGAGUCUGUCUCUGAGGAGUCUGACCAAGGAGCCUAGUGUCAGCUCCAGCCAGAUGAUCCUGUGCUGUAAAAGGCUGGUGGAGCAGCACUCCCCCUUAAUGCAGGGCCUACUUAUUUGCGUAUCUCACUUCUACUCAGUCAUGCAAGAUGGGGACCUUUAUCUUCCCUGGGACUGGAAGAGCUGAUCUAGAGGGUCAUGAAGAAAACCUGCAGGAUUUCAGUCAGUUCAAGUCUAAGAGAUAUUUUUUCAAUUUUAAUGCUGUUCAGACAAGAAAUACAUACACUUAGCAGGCUCAUUUGUUGAUGUCAGGAGGUUGCAAGGCAAGUUAAUUUCCACAGCACAUUUUGUACACAAAGAUGAUUCAAAGUCAGAAAAGUUUUGAUUUGCUAGUUUUCAAGGAACCCCUAGAGAACCUAUUCAAGCCGACCAGAGUGGGCACAUCCAAUAAGAAGCACUUUAUCCUGUUGUCAAAUAAGGCAAAAAGAAUGUGGAGAUGGGUGGCCGCCCACCUGGUGUGUCUGUUAGGAUGAGAGUUGAGGCUUUGUGGUUUAACAAAGUCAGUAUUUAUUGUUUCUGUGUAGCGUGCACUGAAAAAUAAUGAAAUAGUACUUGUAAAGGCACAAAACUAAAAUAGUCACUAACAAUCAAUGCACAUAGUUAGGAUUUUCAGGUAAAUUUACACUAGACAGGCAAAAGUGUUUAUUGUGUUAAAAGUCAUACGAAUGCCCAAAAGUCAACAUUGUCACUGUAGAAGUAUCAAAUGCAGUAUUUUUGUCUAGAAGAAACCAUAACUGUGUGAGAACAUGACUGUUAUUUAUGUGAUCAGAAACUGAUUGUGGAGAGACAAUCCAAAAACAUCUAUAGAGUUCAUACAGUGUUUUGUCACAAAUUCAGCCCAGUAAUUUGUGUCAUCUGUUUUGCAUAGAGAAUACGGUGUUAACUGGGACUGUGGACAACUGCUUGUGAAUUAAGUGUGAUGAUGUGUUGCUCUGGAUAGAGCUGUUAUGGAUAUUUUGGAAAUUUCAUAUGCAGUUCUGACACCAAAUUUGACACAUCGGUAUUUAUGAACCCAUAUUCAUGCUGUCAGUUAGCCAUCUAAAACAAGGUUAUGGAGGUGAAGUACUUUCAUCAUAUAGAUUUGAAUUCAAAUACAAGUUAGUAUUUAAUUGUGGACUGUUUAAUUUAUUAAUAAAUGUGAAAAAACACUGGGCUUUGGA